CACUCUGCAAUCGCGUGGAUGGCCUUCUCUCUUACACUGGCUGCAACUGUCACUGCGUUCUAUCUCCCUGCUCAGAUCCCGACGCUGCGCACAGCAUCCGCUGCUCUUACCCUGACGACCAGCAGGGGGAACAAGAUGGCCAGCGAAGGUAGGUCGCCACACUGAUUCAAAAAGACAGCAAGAUCAUUAUGAACGUCGCUUUCUACAACAUGCAGGUCUCGCUGAUAUCGGUGCUGCUCCCCCUGCCCCUCCGCAGACGGCCGCAGACGAGCAGGAGGGUGAGCCUGAGGCUCUUCUGCCCGCCGCCAUCCCCCGCUGGAUGCGGGCAGUGGAGAAGAACAUCCACCAGAACCGCAACAACCCUCCAGCCAAGUGGUUCCAGCUGGCGACCAUCGAUGAGACCAGCCGGCCCCGCUGCCGCACAGUGGUGUUCCGCGGGUUUGUGGACAAGACCUCGCCUGAAGGGCUGAUCAAGAUCAUCACGGACGCUCGGUCGCAGAAGGUGGGGCAGGUGGAGAGGAACCCCGCGGCUGAGGCGUGCUGGUACUUCGAGAGGAGUCGCGACCAGUUUCGGAUUGCGGGGAACUUGAGAGUGGUGUCGCCCCAAGAGACCGACGAGAGAUGGGCCCGCGAGCGCGUCAACACCUGGAAGGCUCUCAGGUACACACACAUCCAUCCAUCCAUCCGUUCACCACGGAAGCAGCAAUUGUGUCGUGUUAUUCCCCGUCUGUGCAGUGACAACGCCCGCAUCCAGUUUGUGUGGCCCGAGCCCCGUGCGCCCCGGCCGCCCGACGCUGACGACCAGGCUGACUUCUACCCCCCUGCUCCCGACCCGUCCAGCCCCCCAGACACCUUCUGUCUGGUCAUUUUGACUCCCGAGUCGGUCGACUAUUUGCAGCUGAAGCCCAACCCGCAGUUGCGGCACCUGUUUACGAGGCGGGUGGAUGAGAGUAGCGGGCAGAUGUGCUGGGAUGAGUGCAGGGUCAACCCAUAGCCAUAUGGCCAGACUUGGGUGUGUGUGUGUGUGUGUGUAGAUAGUGGUAGAGUGUGCUUGUCUGCGGAUGGCCGUCCAUGCAGUCUUUCAGCAAAGCUGAUGGAUUGAUGACUGUGUUGGCAUGGGAUAGAUAGAUAGAUGGAUGGGUGUGUAUGGAUGGAUGGACGGACGAAUGGGUGUGGGCGACUUCCUGUCCUCGUGAGUCGAUGCGUGGAUGGAUCACGCCUUACAAUAUUCACAGGCGAC